GCUGGAUUGAAAUAAUUUGGGGAAGGAGAGUAUUUAACGCUGUACGUGAUAAUUCUCACAUUCCCGCCCUAACUUGGAAUCCGCACACAGCAGCCGGGUGACGCACUGCGACAUCGACAUGGAAAUCUAUCCACCACUACACGAAGAAGAGGAGGAUCCGUUCCUUCAAUUCAUCCACUAUGCAAAAGCAAUCUUAUCACCUGUUGAAAAUGAAGACGGAGGGGAACCAACGGGACCUGGUUGGAGCUGGAUUGCUUCCAGAAUCCUCAAAACGUGCACCUCCUACUCCAGCGGCGUCACUGCUGCCAUUCUUCUCUCUGAUCUUUCACAGGCUUGGAAUGAGCAGAGCAGGGGUGGUGCUCCAAAGAAACAACUAGAGUGUAUAAGUCAAUUGAGGAAGAAACAUAAGAGGGGGAAGCUACAGAACACUGUGACUAUAGACUCUAUCUAUGAGAAGAAGUUCUUGUCACUGAGUAGCGUUAUUGAAGCUGUUAUCAUAGAUGUUGUUAUUCUUCCAGGAACAAAUAUCUACAUGCUUCAUCUGGGGGAUUUUUGGAGCUCUAAUACAAUUGAUUUGUAUCUCCACCGGAGGUUCUACAAGUUGGCGGAUCCUAGAAAUGGCAUUUUGAAGAAGGGACGUGAAGUGUUUGUCACAGGAUGCCGCCUUAGAACUACAAAAGGAUUUUCGAGUGGUGCACGUCUUUUGCCCACUGAAUAUCUUGCUAUACUUUUAGAUGAGGAUGAAGAUGAUGAUGCAAUAAUGCUAGGUGCUCAGUUUUGUUCUGACUCCUUCUCUUCCAUAUGCCUUGAUGAAGUUAACAAUGGUGCCUCUUACUCACUGUAUGCAAGGAUAGAAUCUAUUGGGGCAUUGGAAAUUCAAGGCAUACAUGGUAGUUUACAGAGAAAACAAAUCACUCUUGUUGAUAACGAUGGUGUCAGGCUGAAGUUUCUACUAUGGGGUGAGCAGGUCCUGUUUGCUAAUCUUUUUAGUGUUGGAAGUAUGCUUGCCAUGGAAGCACCAUUUAUAGCAAGUUCUGCUGAAAGUGGUCUUGAUUCAAAUGAAGAGCUUUGCCUUGAAUAUGGAAGUGCGACCCAACUCUAUGUUGUCCCUCUUAUUCAGCAUAAGGAACAAGUGUGUGUACCGUUGACACAGAAUCGUUGUGAGGGAUCCAAGAUGUUAAUUGAAUCAGAUUCAGCGCAGGGAAUUCCAGUUUCACAAGUGUCUUUGCCAUGUGACUCUCUGGGAUCCAUCGACUUCAGAAAUUAUCCCUUCCGGCCAUUUGUUACAGAUAUGCGUGACAAGAUGACUGGAAUCAGCCUCUAUGGAGAUGUUAAAGGCAUCCGAAACAUGGGUGACCACACAUUUUCUUUAAAAAUUGAAGAUGCAACAGGUGCAGUUUGGGCAAGGCUACAUUUUAUAGGAUCCUGGUCAACAGGAAGGCUUAGCCUGGGGCACACUAUCUUUAUUUCCGGUCUGUCAUGUUCUAUGACCCAACAGAAAACCCUUGAACUGUCAUGGUUUGAAAAUGAUCCUGGAGCAUCUUUUGUUAAUAUUAGCUGCCUACCGUCUCUGCUUAAUUCAUCUUGUCUUCACAAGUUCUCAAACCUUUCUGAUCUAUCAGCCCAGACUACUGGUACACAUGUAUGCCGUGUUUGGCUUGACCAAAUUGAGUAUUGUCACGUCGGUACGAGAUUAGCACAUGCCCCCUGCGGUCAUUUUGUAUGUGAUGAUGAGGUUUCUACUGCAGAACUGAAGUGUAACUUCUGUGAUAUCAUAUGCAAUGAUGAAGUGGUGCGAACUUUCCAUCUGAGAAUAACCAUUGCUGAUAGCACUGCAAAGCUAUUGGCCUGGUGUUCGGGCUAUACUGCCACCGAGUUGCUGCAGAUUACUCCUGAUGAGUUCUGUGACUUGCCAGAGGAAGAACAAAUAAUGUAUCCUUCUUCCCUUGAGAACGAAAAGUUCACCGUGGCGUUGGUGAAGGGUCAUGAUGUCACAGGCAAUGUACACAAAACUGUGUCGUGGGAAAUCACACGCGCAGCUAAGUGUGAAUGAAAACAUUGUGUGUUAACGAUGAGUGCACCUGAUUUUAUACCUCCAGUUACAAAAUGUCAAUCUGUACACUGAAGGUGUAAUGAAAUGGACGAUGAACGUAGAUUUACUUUCAAUAUUUUUUAAUCAAUUGACUUCACUUAAGACUUCGAUGGCGAUGUAAAUUAACAAUGAGUGCACCUGAUUUUAUACCUCCAGUUAGUGUAUGCAUAAUGGAUACGUAGUAUAUAUUACUGCCUCUUGAAUGAAGUGUGUGCAUGUUGGGGCUGUUUGGAUUCCAACGUUUUGUGUCCAAUACGUUGCUAAUAGCAUCGUUCAUUUGCUUCAAU